AUACCGGAUCAAAAUUAUGUAAAGUAGGCUUGUUUCUGAAGUCGUAGGCGGCCAUCGUUAAAUUCAGAUAGAAGACGUCUGCGACUUUAAAACAACAACGAUCAGGCCGUGUCUCGCUUGUGAGCAACUUUGGUGCCUCUCUUGGUUUCACGAGGCAGAAACCAGGAGAGGAUACUCUCAGAAAAACCAGAAAAAGAAGAAGAAGAAGAAGAAGAAGAAGAGAAAUGGCUGGUGGUGGAGAAGGUCCAACGCUAGAGUUCACGCCAACAUGGGUGGUGGCGGUGGUGUGCACGGUCAUCGUGGCUAUAUCUCUCGCGGUAGAGCGGGCCCUACACUCCGGCGGCAAGUACUUGAAAAAGAAGAAGCAGAAGCCGCUGUACGAGGCGUUGCUCAAGGUGAAGGAGGAGCUGAUGCUGCUGGGGUUUAUCUCUCUCCUCCUCACUGUCUUUCAGAACAGGAUCACCAAAAUCUGCGUGAACCCUAAGAUUAUGGACAAGUGGCUGCCAUGCAAACUCCACCAUGACGGUCAUCUGGACGGCAAAGAAACAGCCCAUUACUCCGCCACCUCCGUGUUUGGCGGCAUUUUUGGACCUACCAGGAGGCUGCUGGCUGCCGGGGCUAAGGCUCAACAGGGUUACUGUGGCAAAAAGAAUAAGGUACCAUUGCUAUCAGUUGAGGCAUUCCAUCACCUGCACAUCUUUAUCUUUGUCCUAGCCAUUGUCCAUGUGACUUUCUGUGCUCUCACUAUUGUCUUCGGAGGUUUAAAGAUACGUCAAUGGAAACAAUGGGAGGAGGAAAAUGCAAAAGAGAUUAGUGAAGUAGAUGAAGCUCAAACAAAGAUCACCCAUGUUCAGGAGCAUGACUUUGUCAAGGAUCACUUUUGGGGUAUCGGUAAAAAUUAUCGUGUGAAGGGAUGGCUGCAUUCUUUCCUCAACCAGUUUUAUGGAUCAGUGUGCAGAUCAGACUACUUGACUUUGCGACUCGGUUUCAUCUCGACCCAUUGCAGGGGAAACCCCAAGUUUAAUUUCUACACGUACAUGGUACGCGCCCUUGAAGAUGAUUUUAAAAGAGUCGUCGGUAUCAGUUGGUAUCUUUGGAUAUUUGUGGUCAUCUUCAUGCUUAUGAAUGUCGAUGGAUGGCAUGCAUACUUCUGGAUUGCAUUUAUUCCUUUCUUUCUUCUACUUGCUGUUGGAACUAAGCUGCAGCACGUAAUCACCCAGUUAGCUCAUGAAGUUGCUGAGAAGCAUAUCGCCGUAGAAGGAGAACUAAUAGUUCAACCAUCAGACAAGCACUUUUGGUUUGGCAAGCCCAAAUUUGUUCUCUUCUUGAUUCAUCUCAUCCUCUUCCAAAAUGCUUUCGAAAUGGCAUUCUUUUUCUGGAUAUGGGUUCAAUAUGGUUUUACAUCUUGCAUAAUGGGAAAAGUAAGAUACAUUGUCCCCAGGCUUGUUAUUGGGGUGUUCAUUCAGGUGCUCUGUAGUUACAGUACUCUACCACUUUAUGCCAUUGUCACGCAGAUGGGAACCAAAUUCAAGAAAGCAAUAUUCGACGAGGGUAUACGCUCGGGACUUAUUGGUUGGGCUCAGAAGGCAAAGAAAAGGAAGGCGAGCAGCGUCGACGGAUCUGGAUCUACCUCUGGUUCCUCCGUGGGAGUUCAGCUAGGCAAAGUUAACCAAAAGACAACGACCAAGGGCUGAACAUCUCUUCUUCACAUGAUAUAUAUCUUUUUGUAGAGUCAAAUAUAGCCGUAGCUCUCACCACCCUCAAGAUUAUUCUUCUGCAUAGGGGGGCCUGAAGAACUCAAAUGUCAAAUCAUAUAAUUUACUACGAAUUUUUAUGAAAUAUUUCCGAUUCGGAAUGUAGAAAUUAUAUUCAGGAAUCAAGGUAUUAUGAAUUAUGUAUCCAGUUUUUCCAAAUUUUCCAUACAUAAUUCCUUUUGGACCUGA